UAAUGUUGGUUCAUUAAUUGAUGAUUCUGAUAUCUUUGGACCAAUGCCAACUACAUCAUAUAGUACAACAAAUACAGUUGGACAACAACAACAACAACAACAAUCAUCAGCAGUACCGAAUUUACUCGAUGAUGAACUUUCAUCAAUUCUUGGACCGGAUAUGAAUAUUGGUGGUGCUCAAACACCACAACCUCAAAUGCCAAUAAUGAAUACAGCAACAACAACGACUUCACUUCCAAUGGGUCAACCAGCUAAAAGUGGAAAUUUACUUGAUGAUUUAUUUGGUGAUCUGAAUUUAGGCGGUGGUGGUGGAGGAUUAUCAUAUUCAAGUACAAAUACUUUUGCAUUACCAAAAGAAGUUUGGUUAAGUCCUCAAAAAGGUAAAGGUCUUGAAAUAACUGGUACAUUUGCUCGUCGUAAUAAUCAAAUUGUAAUGGAAAUGGAUUUUUCAAAUAAAGCAUUACAACCAAUGAGUGAUUUUGCAUUACAACUUAAUCGUAAUAGUUUUGGUUUAACACCAGCUCAACCAUUACAAGUAACAAGUCCAUUAUUUCCAAAUCAAAAUGUUUCAACACAAUUAAUUUUGAAUACAACUGGACAAAUAUUAAAAAUGGAUCCAUUAACAAAUCUUCAAAUAGCCGUUAAAAAUAGUGUUGAUGUUUUCUAUUUCGCAUGUGUUGUACCCAUUCAUGUUUAUUUUAUUCAAGAUAAUGAAAUGGAUAAGAUGGCAUUUGUACAAGCAUGGCAAGAGAUACCCGAAAGUAAUGAAAUAAAACAUCAAUUACAAAAUGUUCAGGGUUUAUCAAUUGAUGAUUUACAGAAUAAAUUACGUUUAAAUAAUAUUCAUACAGUAACAAGAACAAUAAUUGAACAAAAAGAAAUGCUUUAUCAAACAAUUAAAUUAACGAAUGGUAUAUUUGUUUUAAUUGAAUUAAAAAUUACACCAGGAAAUCGAACUAUAGCGUUUUCACUUAAAACAAGAGUUCCGGAUGUUGGAAGUUUAGUCAUAAAAAUCCCAAACCUCAUUCCAAUGCCUACGUUAUCUCUAAGUCCUUGUCUUAUUGGUGUUUCAGGAGGACCAUGUUCUGGUAAAUCAACAGUAUGUCAAAAAAUUGUCGAAGCAUUACAAUCAAAAGCUGGUAUGGGUCAAGCAAAUCGUGUUACUGUCAUAGCAAUGGAAAAUUUUUAUAAACCUAAAACAGCUGAACAACGUGAUUUAGCUUUACAUGGAAAUUACAAUCUUGAUCAUCCGAGUGCAUUUGAUGAACAACUUCUUUUUAAUACUUUAAAAGAUUUACUUAAUGGUCAAACUGUCAAAAUUGCUCGUUAUGAUGCUGGUAAAUAUGAACAUAUUAAAGGGGUUUUUGAUACGAUUGAACCUGUACCAGUUAUUAUCGUUGAAGGAAUUCUUGUUUUUUAUUUUCCUGAAAUUCGAAAUUUAUUUCAAAUGAAAUUAUUUGUCGAUACAGAUGCUGAUACUCGUUUAGCUCGUCGUGUUCUACGUGAUAUGAAAGAACAUGGAAGAAAUUUAGAACAUAUUUUAGCUGGCUAUAUAAAUCAUGUUAAACCAUCAUUUGAAGAUUUUUGUUUGCCAACAAAAAAAUAUGCUGAUGUCAUUAUACCACGUGGUGCUGACAAUCACGUUGCUGUGGAUCUUAUUAUACAACAUAUCAGAGAUUUUAUUCAAUAUAAACCAGGCAAAACUGAAACCCAACAAUCAAUAGAAUAUAAUUUACGAUCCCGACCUCAUUAG